UAUUUACAUCGAGAUAUGAAUUUCAAUAAGAAAAAAAUGGGUGGAGACGCUUUUCCAAACACAGAAAGACUGGACGAGGCGGAAUAUGCCAGAAUUACGCAAAUGAUCAGUGCCUAUUUGUCCGAUAUUGAUUGCAAGGUUGCAAUCCCUGUUGAGAUAUCAGACAAAGACGACCUGUGCAGAAAACGCGGGAAAUCCAGACCAUAUGGUGAUGUUGAUGUGAUAGUUGGAAAUCAAGAGGGGACUGAUAGGAUGAAAAUUGCCAGUGGUAUAAGUGAUCUGUUAGAGAGUUCCAGUGACCUUCUUUGCAAUGAUAAAACUAUCAGCUUUCUAACUAAAGAACGUUAUCAGGUUGACUUAUUAUUCUGUAGCCCGGAACAUGUUGAAACUCUUUCAGCUUUCAAAUCCAACAAUGAUUUUGGGGCACUGCUGGGCCAUCUUCUUACACCGUUAGAAAUGAAAUGGAGUGAAAAGGGAUUAGCUAUUAGGUUGCAAAUAAACAAGCUCUCUGGAAUUGGAACUUUUAAAUCAGACUUUAUCUGUUCAGAUCAAACUCGAGAUAUCUGUGAAUUUCUUGGUAUUCCAUUCUCUUCCUUAGACGGAAAGACCAGAAUGUCGAGCAGUGAAAUCUUUGAAAUUCUAACAAGUAGCAGAGCUUAUCUACCAAAUCAGUAUUCUCAAAAAUACAAGAUUAAAGAACGGAGGAAAAGACGACCUCUAAGUGAUGAUUUUUUUACCAGACUAGAGGAGAGCGAAGUGGAUCUUGAAACCCGGAAUAAAGAAAGGUUCCAAGAUGACAUUAUCUUCCUGACAUUUGUCAAGUAUACAGAGGGGGAUAUUGGGUACUUAGACCUAAUUCAGUUUAUCAGUGGUAGAUUUGGAAAACUGGAAGAAUUGAACUCACAGAUAAAGCUUAUCUCAGAACAAAAUAAUCCCAAAUCAGACGAAAAGUUUGGGCAUCACAUCCUGAAGUUAUGGUUUCCAGAAAUCGACCAUCAGAAUCUAGGUAAAAUUCUUGGGAAGCUUAAAAGUAAACAUUCUGGUUCCGGCCCAGGAGAAUACAAAAGGUGGAUUGAUGAAUCGAGUGAAGAAGAAAUUCGUAGCGAAGUAAAUACGCUGAUCAAAAAUCUGAUUAAAGAAACAAAAAACUAGAUAUAAUUAUAGGAGACAGAUCAUAAAAUAGAAUUCAUCCCAGUUUUAUUUUAAUAUUAAAAUCCA